AGUGACUCAUGAAUCUUUAGUCUUCUCUCUCUCUUGAGAAAUCGUGCAUGGAGUUAAUGACUUUCAUCUGCCCUAAACAUCCAACUGUGUGGGAUGGAAAUGGCUUCUCCGAAUGUUUCGAGCACAUGGUUUUAGGCUUUGGAGUGAAUGUUGUUUCAAUAAUUAUGAUUGUAGUGCUUGGAUUAAGUGGAAGGAAUGCUAGAACAAGUACAAGGAUUGCCCAGAAACGUCAUUCAGAGAAAGUUUUCUUGCAUUUGGUACCUGCUAGUGGAGCAUUUUUGCCUUUGUAUGAUAUAACAUUGCUUUUAAAGAGAGCUCUUCAAGGACAAAGUACUGUGUACCAUGAGUGGUUUUUCAAAUGUUCUCAAUUUUCAGUCUGGACUACUAUUAUGCUCUUCUCGAAGUGUGACAUCUGGUUCUUCAUAUUUUACCACCGCAUCCUAUGUUUUUGGUGGAUUGCAAAACCUAUCUUGGGAAUCCCACACUUACAGACGAUGUUUUCUUCUUUAAAGGUUGUAAGAAAUUUUAAAGAGAGCUGUUCCUUUGUAUUGGAUGUCGUAUUUGUGAUAUAUCUCAACAUAGGAAGAGUAAUAAGGGAAUCUUCCAGCAACAGAAAAUGUGGUUCACUAGAAGAUUCACUUAUCUCAUGCAACUUGGAAAUAGAGGAUGAUCUUGGAGAUUCUGGUAACACUUGCAGCUAUUGGCAUACCCUCACUUUCAAGUCGAUCAAUUCAGUAAUGGACCGUGGUGUGCUUAAGCAGCUGGAUUUCGAAGAUCUAAUUCAGCUACCCAUCGACCUGAAUCCUUCCACUUGCCACAGUACACUGCAAUGUUGUUGGGUAGCUGAGCAAAGGAAAAAUUUCUCUCAUCCAUCUUUGUUUAGAGCAGUAUGUUGUGCAUAUGGACGGCCUUAUUUCCGCCUAGGCCUAUUAAAGGUAUUAAAUGAUUGUAUUGGUUUUCUUGGGCCCUUGCUUCUCAAUAAAUUGAUUACGUUUCUUCAACAAGGUUCCAGUAAUUUUGAAGGCUAUAUUUUCGCGAUAUCCUUGGGCCUUAUUUCGAUAUUUAAGUCAUUUCUGGAUACUCAAUACACUUUUCAUCUUUCCAAACUAAAGUUAAAGCUACGGUCAAGUAUCAUGAUGAGCAUAUAUCAGAAGUGCCUACAUGUUAGUCUUGCAGAGAGAUCAAAAUUUUCAGAGGGGGAAAUUCAGACAUUCAUGUCGGUUGAUGCUGAUCGAACUGUAAACUUGUGUAACAGUUUCCAUGAUAUGUGGAGCUUGCCUUUACAAAUUGGAGUGGCACUAUAUCUGUUGUACACACAAGUCAAAUUUGCCUUUGUUUCUGGAAUCGCAAUAACUGUCUUGCUAAUACCAGUUAAUAGAUGGAUCGCUACACUGAUUGCAAGUGCAACAGAGAAAAUGAUGAAGCAAAAGGAUGAGAGGGUCAGAAGGGCAGGAGAACUUUUGAAAAAUAUUCGUACUUUGAAGAUGUAUGGCUGGGACCUUCUAUUUACCAAUUGGUUGAUGGAAACAAGAUCCAUGGAAGUGAAGUACUUAUCUACACGGAAGUAUUUGGAUGCAUGGUGUGUUUUUUUUUGGGCAACUACUCCAACACUUUUCUCCCUGUUCACGUUUGGAGUCUUCACAUUGAUGGGGAAUACACUAGAUGCUGCAACGGUGUUCACAUGUCUUGCUCUAUUCAAUACCUUGAUCUCUCCACUAAAUUCAUUCCCAUGGGUCAUUAAUGGUUUGAUUGAUGCCCUUAUAUCUACCAGGCGGCUAAGCAGCUUCCUUUCCUGCUCUGAACAUAGUUCAGAAUCAGUACAGAUAGCUGGUUCUUCAUCAACAUUACUCAACAUAGACCAGCCUGAUUUUAUCUUUCAACGUAAUGCUGUUGUCUUCCGGGAUGCAUGCUGUUGUUGGUCAAAAAGUAAUGAGGGACAGAGCUCUGUGUUGAAUCAAAUAACUCUUAACCUUUCUAAGGGCUUCCUUGUUGUAGUGAUUGGAGAGGUUGGUUCAGGUAAAUCAUCCCUGUUGAAUUCAAUUUUGGGAGAAAUGCAACUCACCCAUGGAUCCAUACGUUCAUUUGGAUCGAUAGCAUAUGUUCCGCAGGUUCCAUGGAUUCUGUCAGGCACAAUACGUGAUAAUAUCUUGCUUGGAAAGGACUACCAUGCAGAAAGAUAUAAAGAGGUAUUACAGACAUGUGCACUGGAUGUAGAUAUUUCACAAAUGCUUGGUGGUGACCUAGCUUAUGUUGGAGAGAAAGGAGUUAACAUAUCAGGUGGGCAGAGGGCACGUCUCGCACUGGCAAGGGCUGUGUAUCAUGGAUCCGACAUAUUCUUGCUUGAUGAUGUUCUCAGUGCAGUUGAUGCUCAAGUGGCUCAUUGGAUAUUAUACAAUUGUAUCCAGGGUCCUCUAAUGGACAAAAGUACUCGAGUUAUUUGUACUCACAAUAUUCAGGCAAUAUCUUCUGCUGACAUGAUUGUGAUCAUGGAAAAAGGACAUAUGAAGUGGGUGGGAAGCUUAUCGGAGUUUUCAGUAUCUCCCUAUUCAACUAUCUCUUCAAAAAAAGAAUUAAAGAUCUCAUCUCCAGUUGUAAGACAAGAAAAUGGCAGAAGCACUUCGGCUAAAGCUGAAGAAAAUAUCCAGGAGGAAAAUGGUGUGAACAUUUCUGGGAAAGCACAAGAGUCAAUUGAAAUUGAGAUGAGAAAAGAGGGAAAAGUUGAGCUCAGUGUAUACAAAAAUUAUGCCGCAUUUUCUGGCUGGCCAAUUGCUAUAGCCAUAUGCAUAUCAGCAGUCCUAAUGCAAGCAUCUCGAAAUGGAAAUGAUCUGUGGCUUUCUCACUGGGUUGAUAAUAUAAAAGGAAACCAUCAUACAAUGUACUCCACAUCCUUCUAUCUGGUUAUACUAUGUGUCUUCUGCAUUUCAAAUUCCCUUUUGACUUUGGUACGGGCAUUCUCAUUUGCUUUUGGUGGUUUGCGUGCUGCAGUUCAGGUUCAUAACAAGCUUCUUAAUAAGCUUGUCAAUGCACCUGUACAUUUCUUUAAUCAAACACCAAGUGGAAGAAUACUGAACAGGUUGUCCUCAGAUCUUUACACCAUUGACGAUUCACUUCCAUUCAUUCUCAACAUUCUUUUAGCUAAUUUCAUUGGUCUUAUGGGGAUUGCAAUAGUUUUGACAUAUGUACAGGUCUUGUUCUUGCUCCUACUGUUGCCGUUAUUGUAUAUCUAUAGUAAGCUACAGUUCUACUAUAGGUCAACAUCACGUGAACUACGGAGACUGGACAGUGUUUCCAGAUCUCCUAUCUAUGCAUCUUUCACUGAGGCAUUGGAUGGAUCAUCGACAAUAAGAGCAUUCAAAGCUGAGGAAAUUUUCAUGGCUAAAUUUACUGAGAAUGUUUCGGUAUAUCAGCAAACUUCCUACUCAGAGAUAACAGCAAGUUUGUGGCUCUCCCUGCGCCUUCAAGUAUGCACUACUUUCUCAUCAAUACUGAAACUUAAAAUAUUUACGACCUCCAUAUAUUUAGUGAUUAAUGAUUUUUUUCAGUUGCUAGCAGCAUUUGUUAUCUCUUUUGUCGCCGUGAUGGCUAUCAUUGGAUCUCAUGGCAGUUUCCUAGUUAGUUUUGGUACACCUGGACUAGUUGGCUUGGCUCUCUCAUAUGCAGCUCCAAUGGUCUCUUUGCUCAGCAGCUUUUUAUCAAGUUUCACUGAAACUGAGAAGGAAAUGGUUUCUGUGGAAAGGGUUCUUCAGUAUAUGGAUGUUCCUCAAGAAGAACUUCAAGGACGCCAAUUUGUAGAAGCAGAUUGGCCCUUCCAAGGACAGAUUGAAUUUCAGCAUGUUACAUUGAGAUAUAUGCCAUCUUCGCCGGCUGCUUUGCAUGAUGUCACUUUUACUAUUGCAGGAGGCACACAGGUUGGAAUUGUUGGAAGAACAGGUGCUGGAAAAUCUAGUGUGGUAAAUGCCCUUUUUCGACUUAGCCCAAUAUGUGGGGGCUUUAUUUUGGUGGAUGGCAUAAAUGUGGCAGAUGUUGCCAUUAGAGACUUGCGUUCACAUUUUGGAGUUGUUCCACAGAGCCCAUUCUUAUUUGAAGGAACAUUAAGGGACAACCUAGAUCCAUCCAGGGUGACAAGUGAUGCAAAAAUUUGGCAUGCUCUAGAAAAAUGUCAUAUUAAGGAGGAAGUAGAAACAGCUGGAGGUCUGGAUAGUCUUGUAAAAGAAGCAGGAUCAACAUUCUCUGUUGGGCAAAGGCAGCUCCUAUGCCUUGCACGUGCAUUUUUGAAGUCUUCUAAGGUGCUGUGUUUGGAUGAAUGCACUGCCAGUGUUGACACUCAAACAGCAUCAGUUCUACAGAGUGCCAUUUCUAGCGAAUGUAAAGGCAUGACAGUGAUCACUAUUGCACACCGCAUUUCCACAGUCCUAAACAUGAACAAUAUCCUUGUUCUUGACCAAGGAAUCCUGGUUGAACAAGGAAACCCACAAGUCCUACUACAGGAGGAGUCUUCCAGAUUUUCAUGUUUUGCUAAAGCUUCCACAAUGUGAAGAGCUGAUCAAUUGUACUAACAGACUCCAUUGCCAGGAUCAUGUAACUCACUGCCAGUUAAGUAUCUGACAGAUUAGAUCUGCUUAUUUUUGCUAAUUUAUGUGCUUAAAUGAAACCAGGAUUGAGUUGAAGUCCUAUUCCUCCUGGAAUUGUGGAGUUCAUGUGGCUGUAAAAUGGUUGACUAGCAGGAUUAAUGGCUACCUGACAGUACAUGCCAUUGCAAAUAUAAUUAUUGAAACCCUUUU